AUGGAGUCUACGCAGCCUUUACCACAUGAUAACAUCUCCUGGCAUAUUUGGGUGGGGACAACUACUACUGUAUUCCCUGCUAGCCUAGUUGUGGCAUUACGCUUUACUGCCCGAUAUGUCUCCCGCGCUGGAUUCUGGUGGGAUGACUACACCAUUUUGAUAGCCCUGGGUUUCAACUUGGCUUUGGUAGCGGUGAAAUGGACCCAGAUCGUGCUAUGGGGCUCUGGUCAGCACGUUUAUGAUCUUCCAGUGGAAACAGUGCAGAACUUCAAGAAGAGCUUUAUGGCCAUAGAAAUCCUCUACUUCACCAAUGCUGUUUCAUAA